GGUUCAGUGUUUGAUUUGAUUCCACAGGAGGAUAAGAACAGAAUGGAGAGAGUUAAACAGGGAACCAGUCAAGAAGAAGGGCCAUCAACAUCUACUGCUCUGGUUCCUAGCAAUACUGAUACCGCCUCAUCAUCAAGCACACAGAAAACAGCAUUGGAGGAGCAUAGACAAAAGAAUGUGCCACUGUUCCAGGGUGGUUUCAAACCUUUCCAUAAAGAUCCAGGAAAACAGGAAAGAUAUGAUAAAUACUUGGAGUUGGUCAAGCUUGGACAUAAAGAUCCAUAUUCUCUCAUCAUGACAUCUGCUCAGACAGAAUGGGAGGCAGAGCAUGAGAAGGAGGAGUUUCAUCAAGCAGCAAAAUUGUACCGCCCCCUAGCGGGCAUGAUGGCAAUGAGAUUUACAAGGGGAGGUAAUGUUGAUGAUGAUACAAAAGAUACCAAGAGUGAAGAAUUGGUGGAUACAAGUGAUGCAGGGAAGGCAGCAUCUAUGAAGAUGUACGGUAAACUGACACGAGACGUCCAGGAAUGGCAUCCGGAUAAACUUGUGUGUAAACGAUUCAAUGUCCCUCACCCUUAUCCUGGCUCAACAAUUGUUGGAUUACCAACUAUAAAGAGGGAUAAAUAUUCAGUUUUUAAUUUCCUCAAUUUUUCCACCCCAACGGAACAAGAUCAGACUGAAAGAUCAUCUCAUCAAGAAACAUCCCACAACCCUCCUAAAGAACAGCCUGAGGGUGUUCCAUCUGAAAGUAGGGUGGAGAAAGAACUGAAUAAAUCCAAGAACAUGAAAUCUAUAUUUAGUCAUUUAGUCGAAACAGAAAACAAUAUUCAGAAAAAUACUAAACCAGUGUCAUUUAAUGUGAAGUCAACAAAAUCAAAUAAACCCAAAGAGUUUAAAUCAAUUUUUAGUCAUCUUGAAAAAGAAAAAGAUUCUGUGAAGCCACGUGAAAAUAUUCCUGUUGCCAUGGAAACAGAAUCCGAAAGGAAAGAUGGAGGUCAGGAAACAAAGAAAGACAAAAAUAGUGAUCUUCUGAAAAAAUCGAGUGAAAAUAAAGAAGGGGAGCCCAACAUGGAUUUGUUCAGAGCUAUAUUUAGAAAUACAGAUUCAGAGGAUAGUUCUAGUUCUGAUGAAGAUGAGAGCAAAAAGGAUAGUUCAGUACAUGAUGAUGAAGAUACAAAGGAUAAUUCUGAAAAAAUGGAGACUGGACCAGCAGAUGAUAGAUUAAGCACCCAGGGAGAUAGGUUGCCAACAGAGUCUAACAUAGGGGUCCUUCCAGGAAAUGGAGAACCAAUGGAAACUCUCAGUUCUAGACUGUCACCUCAACUAGUAUCAGAUGAAUCAGACAGCUAUGGUCCUGCCUUACCUCCACCAUUGAAAGAUG